AUGGCUUUCAGCAGCCAAAGAGCCUCCACUUCUGCUCCUUCAGCUUCUCCAUGGAAAUACCAUGUGUUCUUGAGUUUUAGGGGCAUAGACACUCGCAGGCGUUUUGUGGCUCAUCUAUAUCACAGAUUGUGGUUUCGCUCAAUUACAACUUUCAGGGACGACAAUGAACUCGUAAGAGGUACAACUAUUUCACCAAAUCUACUGAGAGCAAUCGAAGAAUCACGGAUUGCGAUCGUUAUCCUCUCGCCAAACUAUGCUUCUUCAUCCUGGUGCCUAGAUGAGGUUUCAAAGAUUGUUGAGUGCAUGGACGUGGACACCAUUCUACCAAUUUUUUAUGAUGUAGAUCCUACUGAUGUCCGAAAACAAAUGGGAACUUUUGCGGAAGCCUUCAACAAACACAAAAAGAACUUUAAAAAAGACAAAGCAAAGGUACAACGCUGGAGAGCUGCUCUUACAAAAGUUAGUAAUAUCUCUGGCUGGAUUUCUGAAGAUAGAGAUGAGAGCGACCUUAUCAAUGAAAUUGUGGAAGAAGUGUGUAACAAAGUGCAUCCUACAAUAUUCACAUUGCCAGGUUCCUCAACGAAGUUGGUGGGAAUUGAUUUUACACUGAAGAAAAUAGAAUUGCUAUUAGAUCGUGAGGCAAAAGAUGUUCGCUUUAUAGGGAUAUGGGGGGAUGGUGGCACAGCAAAAAGUGAAUGA